AUGGCUCCUAUCCCAAGCCUUGCUAAUAACACACUCUCACCUCGGACCGACAAUAAAUAUGAGGUUAACAUGGAGCAGGAAUACUCCCUCAUGGAACUUGUCUUCGGGAUAAUCAUCGGUGUCUUCGUGGUGUGCUUGGGGUGCAGCAUCUACCUUGGUUUGAAGUCCAAGUACGAGAUGAAAUGGAAGUCCACGUUUAAGGAUUGCACGAAGUAUGAGGGCUGCAAGAAGAUAAUGGGGGCCUGGCAUGGCAAAGAACCAAAGAAACCAGAGGCUGCUCAUGUGGCUAGUCAUGUUUCUGAGGCUCCGGAGGCCAGACCGGUCAUUCGUGAUUUGACUCCGGAGUAUAUGAGGAGCUCAACGGUGACCAUCGUCUAG